AUGGCGGCCACCCUCCUCAUGGCUGGCUCUCAGGGGCCCAUGACAUUUGAAGAUAUGGCUAUGUAUCUCACUAGGGAAGAAUGGAGGCCUUUGGACCCAACACAAAGGGACCUUUACCGGGAUGUUAUGCAGGAGAAUUAUGGAAAUGUAGUCUCCUUAGAUUUUGAUAUCAGGAGUGAGAAUGAGACGAAUCCAAAGGUGAUAUCUGAAGACAUAGAAUUUGGGAACAUAUCAGGAAGACCUAUUGAGAGUGCUCACCAGAAUCCAGAGUGUGAAGAAGCCUUCGAAAAUGGGGACAAGUCAGGAGGGCAGUGGGGAGAUUUAACUGGGGAUGAUUGGGUAAACUAUCCUCUUCAACAAGUAACAGAUCUUCUUGUCCACAAGGAAGUCCACGGAGAUAUAAGAUUCCAUAUAUGCUCUCAUUGUGGAAAGGCUUUCAAUCAAAUCUCAGACCUGAAUCGGCAUCAGAGAACUCAUACCGGAGAGAGACCCUAUAAAUGUUACGAUUGUGGGAAGAGCUUUAGCCGAAGCUCCCAUCUCAUUCAGCAUCAGAGAACGCACACUGGGGAGAAACCCUAUGACUGCAGUGAAUGUGGGAAAAGCUUUGGUCGAAGUUCACACCUCAUUCAGCACCAGACAAUUCAUACUGGAGAGAAACCUCACAAGUGUAAUGAAUGUGGCAAAAGUUUCUGUCGGGUCUCACACCUUAUUCAGCAUCAGAGGACCCACAGUGGAGAGAAGCCUUAUGAAUGUGAGGAGUGUGGGAAAAGCUUCAGCCGCAGCUCUCACCUGGCUCAACAUCAGAGGACACAUACUGGGGAGAAACCAUAUAGAUGUAAUGAAUGUGGGGAAAAUUUCAGCCGGAUCUCACACUUGGUUCAACACCAAAGAACCCACACUGGGGAAAAGCCCUAUGAAUGCAAUGAGUGUGGAAAAAGCUUUAGCCGCAGUUCCCAUCUUAUUACGCAUCAGAAAAUUCACACUGGAGAGAAGCCUUAUGAAUGUAAUGAAUGUUGGAGAAGCUUUGGUGAGAGAUCAGAUCUUAUUAAACACCAGAGAACCCAUACUGGAGAGAAGCCCUAUGAAUGUGUAGAAUGUGGAAAAGGUUUUACCCAGAGCUCAAAUCUUAUCACACAUCAACGAGUUCAUACUGGAGAGAAACCAUAUGAAUGCACCGAAUGUGACAAAAGUUUCAGUCGAAGUUCAGCUCUUAUUAAACAUAAGAGAGUUCAUACAGACUGAAUCCCUUC